CUCUCGAAUUCCGACUUCUCAUCCAGCUGAUUCCUUCACAAUCCAUGUCAUGUUUCAUGAGUCAGUCGAAUUGAGACUUGAGACAGAUAGAUUAUUGCGUCUGGAAUAUUCGUUCGAACUGCAUAUUUAAGUAUAUAAAGUAAAGUACUCUGGUGAGCCCAUGUAAGUCUUUUCAUAGCUGUAGUGUAAGUAUGCUCGGAUACCAGACUGCCUCAUUAAUCAAAUUAAGAGACAUCUUGUGCAGUACAGUGUAGUCUUCAAAGCAUCUCCAGAUAAUCCUCCUGCUGCUCAGCACAAACCAGUGGAGAAAUGUCUUCAGAUUCAUCACCUGUGCAGGUUUAUGUGUAUGACCUCUCUGGGGGUCUGGCCAGAGCAAUGUCUCAAGGAAUUCUGGGCAGACAAAUAGAUGGUGUGUGGCACACUGGUAUAGUUGCCUUUGGACAAGAAUAUUUCUUUGGUGGAACCACAGGGAUAGAGGCAUGCGCCCCUGGUGGCACUAUUCUUGGCAAUCCAACACAGAAGGUUGAUUUAGGAGUCACAGAAAUUCCUUUUGAUGUUUUCAUGGAUUAUCUGCAUGAACUAGCCCAAACCUCAUUUAGAGCAGAGACAUAUCAUUUAUUCCACCACAACUGCAACAACUUCUCCUCUGAAGUGGCACAGUUCCUCACAGGAAAGGAUAUUCCCUCUCACAUCACCAGCCUCCCUCAAGACGUACUUAGCACGCCAUUUGGUGCAAUGAUACAGCCCUUUGUGGAAUCCAUGCAUGUACAAGGAGGCCACUCGCCAUUCCAGUCAUCAAAUAAUCCACCUAACUAAUGUCAAGUUUUCAUACAUUUGCUUUUGCUUUGGUAACGUUUCGGGUUGUUUUUUCAAAAAUAUAUGUCUUUUCCACUUAGCCAAGAAUAUAAUGAAACCAGUGAAUCUUUCCGGGAAGAU